AUGACCACUCGACUACUCCUCCGAAUACAAAGUCCUCUCUGCUCUUACUCGUGCAGAGGCUCACACCUUGUCGCACCUACAUUCACUGCAAAGGCUGACAUCCGAUGGUCAUCAUCCAACUCGCGGUGGAAGCAGCGCCGAGCAAAGGACACGUUUUCGAGAGAAGCAAAAGUGCAGGGCUUAAAGAGCAGAGCUGCCUUUAAGCUCCUCGAGAUGGAUUCGAAGUAUCGAUUUUUCAGGCCUGGACAGACUGUUGUCGACUUGGUCGCUCAGGAGCGGACCAGGCCGCAUGGCAGCGUUGUCGGGAUAGACCUCAUACCUGCGCAGCCGCCGCGCGGGGUGGCCACCUUCCAGGGGGACUUCUUGUCGCCGGGUGUGCAGAGGCUUGUGAAGGAGUUCAUCGCCCGGAUGGGGAGACCUGCCGAGAGGGGCCAGGGGGAAGGGGAGGCGAUCAGCUACAUUGAUCGCGAGAGACGGGCUUCCGAGGAGCGGGAGGGCAAUGGGACGUCGGCGCUGGUGGAUGUGGUUUUGAGUGACAUGUCAGCACCCUGGGAUCGAAGCUCCGGCUAUAUGGCCAACACGUUGACCAACCCGUAUCGCAGGCUGAUGAACACGAGUGGCGUUGCGUUUCGAGACCACGCGGGCAGCAUGGAUCUAUGUGCGGCCGCGCUCCAGUUCGCAAGCGAUACUCUUAGGCCGGGUGGGCAUUUCGUGUGCAAGUUUUACCAGGGCGGCGAGGAUAAGAAGUUCGAGGCGAGGUUGACUAGGAUGUUUGCAAAGGUGUUCAGGGAGAAGCCUGAGUCUUCUAGAAGCGAGAGCAAGGAGGCUUAUUUUGUUGCGUUGAGGCGGAGGGCGGGUGUCGUCGUUGACUUUCAAGACGCUGUAUAA